AUGGCCACCCCGCCCAAGAGGAGCUGCCCGGCGCCCGCCGCCGACGGGGGGGCCCGCAUCAAGAAGAUCGCCGUCGAAGGCAACAUCGCUGCGGGGAAGUCAACAUUUGUAAAUAUCCUUAAGCAAGUCUCUGAUGAUUGGGAAGUGGUUGCUGAACCCGUGGCCAGGUGGUGCAAUGUUCAGAGCACUCAAGAUGAAUUUGAGGAACUGACGACUUCUCAGAAAAGUGGUGGCAAUGUGCUUCAGAUGAUGUAUGAAAAACCAGAACGAUGGUCGUUCACCUUCCAGACCUAUGCCUGCCUGAGCAGAAUACGCGCUCAGCUCUCUGCUGUCAAUGGGAAGCUCAAAGAGGCUGAGAGGCCGGUGGUGUUCUUUGAGCGCUCCGUCUAUAGUGACAGGUAUAUUUUUGCGUCUAAUUUAUAUGAGUCUGAUUGCAUGAAUGAAACAGAAUGGACAAUUUAUCAAGACUGGCAUGACUGGAUGAAUAACCAAUUUGGCCAGAGCCUUGAACUGAAUGGAAUAAUUUAUCUUCGAGCCAUUCCGGAGAAAUGUUUAAAUAGAAUAUACUUGAGGGGAAGAGAAGAAGAACAAGAAAUUCCUCUUGAAUACUUAGAAAAGCUCCACUAUAAACAUGAAAGCUGGCUCCAGAAUAGAACACUGAAAACCAGCUUUGAUUAUCUACAAGAGAUACCCAUCUUAACACUGGACGUUAAUGAAGAUUUUAAGGACAAACAUGAAAAUCUCAUUGAAAAGGUCAAGGAAUUUUUGAGCACUUUGUAAUAUUACAGAAGACAGUUGGCAGCCAAAUGAUUCCAAAUACUUCAGUUUUGUGCAUUUUCGUCUCUGCUGUAACUACAACAAAAAAUAUGAACCACGCAUGAACUCUGCAAUAUUUUUUCUUUAGAAAAUAUGUGUAAAAGAUGAUGACCACAUUUUAGCAUCUUGUAACUAUGGAAACCUUUAUGAAAUUGCAUCACAAAAACACUGAUCUGAGUGUGAACCAGGGCAGCUUUAAACCCUAACAUCAGGAAUCCAUAAUACGAUGGUCCCCAUUCAUUUAAAAAAAUUUCUUCUGUAUCUCUCUCCUCUGUCCCCUAAUUUAUAUUUUAAGUAAAGCGAAAUAAGGUUCAGUAUCUCAUCACAUCAUUGGUAUUUAUUAUUGUGUUGUCUAUGAGGCUGUUGGGUUUCAACAAGCAGAUGGGUCUGCUCCCAAGUUUGGCCACUGACAGAUGGAAAGUCAUCUUGUGUAAUUUACUUGAUCUCUUCUGUAAUUUUGUUUCUUCAUCUGUAGCAUGGGGGAGAUUUCUUCCCAUCUUUCAUGUUCAUAGGAAUGUCGAGGAUUUAAGACAAAAUGUUUUGAGAUCUAGUUGUUUGAUGAGUAUAAGCUGGUCGUAUGGAGCCCAUGGAUAGAGGCCUCCUACUUUCUAUCUCAUCUACCCCUUCAGAAGAGGAGAUGAUUAUUAUAGAUAUUGAAUUGUUUAAGAUGUAAUGACCCUUAAGUAAUUCAGAGGACUUACUCACUAUAGAUAAUUUUCUGCUUCAUGUAGGCCAGGUUUAACCCCACACACGUAGUCAUAGAUGUUGGGGGAGGACAUCUGACUCCACCACAGAUGGUCUUUCUAGCUUGAAGAUACUUAAAGUGAUUGGAUAGUUAGUUAGAAUUUAAUGAGUGAGGGAGAAGACUGUUUGCAUCUGCACAUUUCCAUUUACUUUGAGAGCUCUAAGUUCUCACUUUAAUUUGCUUUGCUUUUGCCAGUUUUUCCCUGAAGAUUUUUUUAAAGUAUUGUUUUCCUUUGCAAGAAAUUACCCACAAAACUGAUCAGUUUCUUUUCCAAGCAUUGUUUCUCUUUAGUGAUCCAGGUGAUGAUAGAAACUCCUUUAAAAAAGCACUUCAAUACUUAUUUAUAUUUUGUUCUCUGUAAGAUCGAGAUUUUAAAAAUCUGCACACAUUCAUGUUAGGUGUGUGUAUGAUUAACAUGUUUUCCUAUCAUCUAAGGAAGUAAAAUGUUUGCUUAGCAUAUGUAGCAUUUUACUUUAGUGGGUUUCAAGAAUAUCUCAUUAAGAUAUCCUUUUUAAAAAAUUCAUUGCUUUAUAGUUUUGGUGUUAUUUGUCUUGAGAUUUUUUUAUCUUGUAAUCUUACUAUUCAUUUUAGCGUCAGGGUGAGAGUUUAAUGGAUUGACUCUUUCAAAUGCACUGAUUUUUGUAAAAGGGAUUCGGUGUCAAACACCAAAAAUAUUAAAAUAUCUACAUAUUGUGUGAGUUUUUAUUUUCCAUAAAUUGUUUUGUCUGCUUAGGUUAGGUAUUUGCAUUGGGGUUGUAAAUUCAUCAUGAAAUAAAGUUGGAUUUAAAACUGUA